GAGCUUGUUUUCUAUUGUCGUGACGGUGUCCACAUGUACAUGGUUCUCUUCCGGCCACACCGAGUUACAGUCUGGUGCAGCUUAGCAGCCUCGACAAUUUCUCCAAAAACUUAUUUCCACCACACGCAAACACGGAUUGCGCGUAGACUCGAAUGGCCAGCGAAGAGCACUAUUCAAGUACAAGGACAGCGACAUGCUCGAUUAUUCCACAGCGAAGGUGGUAGACGCGGUACUGAACAUCGGCAACCGUUUGAUAUUUUGUAUUUUGGACGCGACGACUUUUCUUGCAGAACAUUGGAUCAUUUGCAUUCAGCACGAGAUGUCUGGCGCAGUAUACACAUUGUCACCAAUCCAGACGUAAAGAGAGGUCGGCGAGGUGCUGAACUAUCUGUCUCACCACUGAAAACCCUGGGUCAAUCCCUUGGACUUCCAGUGCACACCAUUCCACGCGAGAAAGCCGCAUUCAAACAUUGGGUGCCCUCUUCACCAUUUCUGCGUCAACCCGAACUCCCAUUAUCACCUCCCUCUAAUCAUCUUUUGAUUACUGCUUCAUUUGGGCGCAUACUUCCUUCGUCAUUACUACGUCUCUUCCCUUCUGGUCAAUGCCUUAAUGUGCACCCUUCUCUUCUACCUGCGUACCGGGGCGCGGCACCUAUCCAACAUGCACUCAUCCGAGGCGAGAAAAGGACGGGUGUAUGCGUGAUUGAGAUGAUGGAAAGAAAAAAUGGAAUCGACGCUGGUGGAAUAUGGAAACAGGACGACGUGGCCGUUUCUGAGAAUGCAGAUUUUGCUUCACUGCGUGAUAUUCUGGCGCACAGAGGUGGUGCACUCCUCGUGUCCGUAUUGCGAGAGAUGCUAAGCGGUACAGCAACACGUACACCCCAAGAUCCAGCGGUUGCUGCCUUGUCGCCUCGUGCGCCAGCGAUCACAGCCGACGAUGCACUUGUUGACUUUACCUGCAUGACGGCAGAAGAGAUUAUACGUCGAGAUAGAGCAAUCGGACAUCAGAAACCACUGACAACGUAUCUCCCUUCUGGGAAAUCUAUACAGCUCCACGCGCUUUCGGUCUAUGAUCCAAAGUCCUCUCCAUCUGUGCCUUUGCCUCCGCUUGCAAUCGCACAUUAUCACGCUCCCUCACGCACUCUUCUUAUACAAUGUGCUCAGGACACGUAUUUGAGUGUCGCUCAGAUCAAACAGCAAGACCGCGCCCUUCUGGGUGCAAGAGAUUGGUUUAACGGGGUGAAAGGUAAAAUAGGUGUAGAUUUCGCCGAAGGGGGAGUUAGGCUAGUUAGCACGACUUGACACAGAAAUGAGUUGCAUUAGAGCAAAUUCAUUCGAUUCAUCCACCACCCCGACAUCCUAAUGGUUGCUAGAUCACACGGCUGGAAUAAACCCAGAAAGAGUUACUAUGCGCAUACAACACGUUGAUUUCAUUUUGACACAAA